UUUACCCUAUAGUUAACAAAGCAUUAUGUUUGUUUAAUAAAUUUAAUAAAUUCAAUGUAUAUUAAUACAUGUUCUUAAGUGCAACAUAAUAAUUAUAAUAUUAUGACAUUUAAAUUCAUAUCUUUAGUUUAAAUACCUAACUUGAUUUCUAAUGUUAUAUACGACCAAAUAUUCCAAGCUGAUCGAAAAAUAUUUCAACAUGCCACACUGUUUUCCAAUUAGCACGUUGUUAGCUACAUAUAUAAAUAUGUAUAUGAAAGAUUUUGUAAUUUCAAUUGUUUAUUCCAAUAGUGAAAAUUAAUUUUGCAUAAAAAAAAAUAAUCUAAAAUAUGGCAGAUGAAAAGAAGCCCAUAUUUAGAAAUAUUGACGGGGAUGAUCCAGAUCUAGAAGCAACGGAUAUAGAAUCCGCCUGUAUGAAUUGCUUUCGCUCAGGUAGAACCCGUCUCCUGCUCACCAAAAUACCUUUCUUUAAGGAGAUUGUACUCAUGUCUUUUAAAUGUGAACAUUGCGGUUAUGAAAACAGUGAAAUUCAGUCAGCAUCAGAAAUACAGAAAAAAGGUGUACGUAUUGAACUUAAUGUUAAAAAUGCUGAAGACUUAAACCGACGAGUAGUUCGCUCGGAUUACACAUCCGUAAGCAUUCCUGAAGUAGAACUGGAAAUACCUUCUCAAAGUCAAAAGGGCGAUAUAACUACCGUUGAGGGCAUUAUUGACAGAACGAUAAGAGGUCUGACUCAAGAUCAAGAAAACAGAAAACAAAAGCAUCCUGAAGCUGCAGCUGAAAUUGAUGCAUAUGUCAAAAAGUUAACCUCUUUAAAAGAGAAACAAAUUAACUUUACACUUGUCUUGGAAGACAUAAGUGGAAAUAGUUUUAUUGAGAAUCCUUUUGCGCCAUCAUCGGAUCCGGGUUGUAAGAUUCUACACUUCGAAAGACAAAAAGAACAAGAUCAAAUUCUUGGUAUUUACUGUCCAACAGAUGUGUCAACUGUAGAGGAAACCAAUGAUAGUGCGGAAAAAUCGAAAACUCAAAAGAAACAUCUACUGAAACCCAUUGCGGAAGACGCUUGGGGUAUUGAUGAUCUACAUGGCGAAGUUUUGCAGUUUCAAACAUUAUGUUCACAGUGUGGUUCGCCUUGCGAGACGAAUAUGAAACUAACAAAUAUUCCACAUUUUAAAGAAGUUGUUAUAAUGGCGACAGUAUGCGAAGUUUGUGGGUGUAAAACAAAUGAGGUAAAAUCUGGAGGUGGGAUUGAGGAAACAGGUAUUCGCUUUGAAGUCAAAGUUGAAAACAAGGAAGAUCUUACUCGAGAUGUGCUAAAAUCUGAAACAUGUAGCCUUCGCAUUCCGGAAUUAGAUUGUGAAGUUGGCCCAUCUGCUCUUGGUGGUCGUUUCACCACUAUAGAAGGUAUUAUAGUAGCUAUGAGAGACCAACUUCAAGAUGAAAGUUUCUUUUUUCGCGAUUCUGCUGACGAAGAGAGUAAGAAACGUAUGGAAGCCGUUGUAAAUAAGUUCGAAAAAAUUUUGGCUUUGGAAUUGAAAGCAACUUUGGUUUUGGAUGAUCCCGCUGGAAAUAGUUAUGUACAAUCUAUGGCAGAAGAUGAUGAGCCAGACGAAAAAUUAGUCAUUGUAAAAUACAAACGCACAUUCGAUCAAAAUGAAGAACUUGGUCUUAACGAUAUCAAAACCGAAAAUUAUCAGGAAUAACAGGAAACCAAACUAUUUACUUCUAUUUUUUAAACAAUAAAGCGCAUAUGUGGAAAAUAUAAAAUAUUGAUAUAUGGAAAUUUGUAUUAAUUAUUUUUCUAUGUUUUGGAUCUGUUUAAAGAAAGUAAUUAUAUUUCAUAUUUACUCAAAGUUAUUGUAUAAACCUAACAUAUUCUGUACAAAUAAAAACUAUUAUCUAAUUAUACUAUUUGCUAUUUUCUAUUAUCAAAUUACGACAUCCAAGGAUUAAAGUAAAAAGUGACUUGCAAGUUUUUCGUGUGUUCAACAUAAUAUUUUUAUUCAUUGAAUAAUAAACUUGAACACACCAUUGCUUUUGUAUUUGUUUAAUUAUUUUUAUACAUAUUAUUAUUAAGACAUUGUAUUGAAGCUUACAUUAAUUUUUGGUUUUCUUGUUUUCACGUAAAUACACGUUAAUAAUUUUCCCUAUUUUUAUUACCGAAAUAUCAAGUUGGCAACCAUAUAUUUUUCCACUGGCAGCUGUUCAGUGACAGUUCUACCAUUUGUGUUGUGUAACAUUGGUGAUUCUUAUCAAUAUUUUUUGAAAUGUCUGCUUCAGCUGCGCGUAAUUCCCAUGGCCUCCUGAAGCGUGCAUGGAACGAGAUUCCAGACAUUGUUGGCGGGUCAGUCUUAGCACUGAUAGGAUUGGGAAUGGCAGCGGUUGGCGUUGCUGGAUAUUAUGCCAGAGACGGUGAUAACCGACGAUAUAAGAUGGGAUAUGUAGUAAUGCGUCCCGAUGAUCCACGUGCAGAAAAAGUUCGAAAAGAUUAAGUAUUUAGGUUUCCUACUUCGUUAUGAACUCUUAAGUUAAUACAAUUUUUGAAGCCAAAUUUGUAAGCAAUCAAAAAUAAAUGCAUAUACUCCGUGUACUACAAUGUAA